GGCGGGGCCCGGCGGAGCCACACGCGGCGCCUGGCGGUCAGCUGGUUCCUGGUGUGCGCCGGGGUGCACGGGGUCCUGGAGGGAUACUUCAGCCUGCGGCACCGGGAGCUGCCCGCCGACACCGGGCUGCUGGCCGACGUCUGGAAGGAGUACGCCAAAGCCGACAGCCGCUACAUGACGAGCGAUGACUUCACGGUGGCCAUGGAGACGGUGACGGCGUGGGCCUGGGGCCCCCUCAGCUUCCUCACCUUCCUCGCCUUCCUGUGGCGCCAUCCCGCCCGCUUCGUGCUGCAGCUCGUCGUCUCCCUCGGGCAGCUCUACGGGGACAUCCUCUACUUCGCCACGGAGGCGCGAGCGGGCUGGACCCACAGCGACCCCCACCCGCUUUAUUUUUGGGUCUACUUCGUGGGGAUCAACGGGAUCUGGGUGCUGGUGCCCGCCGCCCUCAUCGUCGAUGCCUACAAACACCUGGCUGCUGCCCAGCGAGCCCACGACAGCCCCCGGCAGAAGGCACACUGACCCCCAGGGCCCCCUUGCUCCGGACCCGAGAGCCCCGGAGCCCCUUCCACCUGGACCUGGGACCCUCGGUCCCGCCCCAAGGCCUCUGGAGCCCCCUGGGUCCAGGCCCAAGAGCCCCAGGGACGCCCUGGACGCAGCUUGAGACCCCCAGGGCUCCCCAGGUCAGGGAACAGGACGCAGGGACGAAGCUGGGUGGGGGGCUUCGGACUCCCAGGGGUGUCCCCGAAUCGGGCUCUGCCUACUGUGACGGGGAUUGGGGAGCCGUGAGAUGGAUUUUAAUAAACGGUCUGGAAAUGGA